AGAAAAAAUAAAAACAGAAAAUAAGUGAAAUAAUGUAAUUUCAGGAAAAAAUACUCCACAAUUUAAAAAAAAUUUAAAAUAAAAAAACUGUGCAGAGCAGGUGAAUCAUGUCUGAAGUCUCGACUUCACCUUUUUCGAGACCUGAGUUUACAUAUCUGAAAAAUAACAUUUCAGUUACUUUGUGUUUCUGGAUUAAACAACGAAUUACAGCAAAUAUAAUGAAUGAGUACUAAUAAAUGUAAUGUUUUAAUAAUUAUUAAUAACUUUUAAUAACAUGAUUAGAUGUUAUUAGGAAACUUUUUUUGUUGUGGAAAUAUAAAAAAAGUAUUAAAUGAAAAAUAUCCUGUUAAAUUGAAAAAAUACUCUAGUAGUAAAACACAUUUCUGCCCUUGUGGCAGGUGCUGUUUUUUUUGGUCUUCUAUAAACUUCACCAGCACAAAAUGACUUAAUUUUCAAAUGUGUUGUAUGAAUGUAACACAUUCACACUGAGCCCCUAAUUCUUACAAGAUAUUUUUAAUUUUAGUUUUUUAAUUUGAUUCUUAAAUCUUGAUUAAAGAGAUUGUCUCAAUGGCGUUAGGCCAAAAACAAAAUCUUUGUGUACAUCCACAAGAAACACAUCUGACAAACAAAUGAUGUUUUUGGAUUGGAAUUUGGUUGAAAGUUUCACACCAGAGGUCUUUACUGCGAAGCAAGUUCAACAUAUCCAGGAUAACUUUUAGUUAUCUGGGUUAACUGAACCUAACAUUGUCCCUCCUGGACAACCUGCACUACGAAGCUGGUUACCAAGUGGCUCAGUUAACCCUGGGUUUACCUGUCCGGUUACGAGCGCGUUCCUGUGAAAGAGGCGGAGUUUUUAGUUAUACGCAACAACGUCUGAACCAUGAAUGAAGUUCUUAAUAUUAUAAUUGUAAAUAAGUGCAUGAAUUAACAUUGCGUUUGAGUAUUUUCGCUCUUUUGUCUGAUGAUGAACAAACUUACGAACGUGAUGCAGAGAAAACAUUUAAAGUUAAUGUCAGACUUUCUGCUGCAAAGAGGAGAGAAAGAAAAAAGGAGAGAAGUAGUUGAUGUCUGAUGAGUCAGACCGUAUGAAAUGUUCAUUUUUAAUCAUGGAAAUAAUUAACAGCUUGUGGCUAAUUGUUCUAAUCAAAGACAUCAGAGGUUUGGUUUUUAUUUCCAGUUGUGGUCACAGAGUCUCCUCAUGUUAUUAUAAAGAAGAGAGUGAAAGCUUCAUCACUGUCAGGAGUCCUGUCGGAUUAAAGAACAUUUGUUCAAUUAAAAUGAAGCUAUAAGUUUUUAUAUAAGCUAUUUAUUUAGCGUGAUAAACACUCGAGCAUUUUUUUUAAGAAGAACAGGAAAAUUAUUCCAUAAAAUUCUUUUUUAUUGUUCGUUAUUAUUGAUCACUAUAUUUCACUUUAACUCCUUUGUCCCUGUCAGGAUCCUGUAUGAAUGAUGACUCCGUUUUUCCAGGUAUCUGAUUGGUCAGUAGUUUAGCGGAUGAUAGGCUUUGAUCUGAUCCUCAAAGUUAACCUGCGCUUGAGCAGGUUAGGAGUUCAGUGUAAGUUACCAUGGUAAUUUACCAUGGUAACAAGUGAACCACCGUCGUAGGACUGAAAACUCAGAGUUAAACCUGAAGUUACCUCGAUAAACUCAAAUCCUGCUUCCUCGUACAGGCCUCAGGUUAACACUCACAAGUUCACUGCAGGCAUAACAGACGAAUCUUUGUCUUUCUUCCUCAUACGUUGAAACAAACUCUGUUAAAAAAAAAAUCAGCAUUUUGGGACUUCAGGGAUUCUGCACAUUCAACAUUACGUUACAGAAAAGAAAUCAGUUAGUGAUGAUGACGUAAACAGGUCAAAUCUUCAGGUGGUGUGUACCGUGGGCUGCAUUUGUAUAAUUUUUUUAAUUCUUUAAAGUCAAAACAGGAAACGCGAAGGCGGGCGGUGAUUGGCUAACACACCCGGCAGCUGGCAGCAUGAGCCACCGCCCCCGUCAGAAUGACGAAUCAGAAGAGAGAAAAAGUUGAAAAGAAAACAAACAAACAUCAACAACAACAACAGGAAAGAGGAGAGUGACAUGGCGGUGGUCAGAGGAGCCGGAGCGUUAUUACCGAGCUGUCUGUAACAUCUGGCGGGGCCGUGAGCGUCUAUCAGCGCGGACAGAGCGUCAAGCAGCCCGGGCCGCGGGCAUCAUGGCCGCUGUGACAGUCAACUCCCGCGGUGUCAUGACAGAUUCAGCCGUGGUGUCGGAGCGGAGCGGCCGGGUCCUGGCUCCGAGAGGAAGCGGCAGGUCGGUGGAGACCUGGAAGAGAGACAUCGUCCGUCAGCUGAAGAACCGAGACCUGAGUCAGCACGUCAUGUUCCAGGAUCUAAUCCGCUUCUACACUCGGCUGCUGGAGAAAACCAGCCUGGCCAAAGGAAUACUGAGCUGCUCUGUCAGGCAUCCCUCCUCCGACAGCAGCAGCUCCAUCUCCUCUAUGCUCCACCAAAACAACCAGCUGAAGAAGACUACAGGAGAGUUGGCCUAUCAGGUGGUGGAGCUGCAGCAGCAGAUUAAAAUCAAAGAAUGUGUUCUGGAGGAGCAGCAUGCCAGGCUGGCGGAGGAGGAAUGUCGGUUCACAGGUGUGUUUGAUGGCUGCCAGGAGCUGCAGGAGCAGGUAAAGCAGGUUCAGGAGGAGAACAGGGCGCUGAAGAGGGAGUACGACACUUUACUGGAGCGACAGAGAGAGGCAGAGACAAGACUGAGGGAGGAGAAGGUCAGAGAAGGACACCUCCUGGAGGACAUGAUCCACCUGAAGCAGCAAGCCGCUGCCCGCAUGAAUAGCCGCAACGAACGCAAAUCCAGAGCUCGUGAGGCGAACCUGCAGAAGCAGUUGCAGACUGCUGCCAGGUCAAAGGUCACUAUAGACAGCCCCUCCAGCGCUCCGACCUCCAGAUCCACAUCCCCAAAGAAGGAAAACCAGGACCAGGAUUCCACAGAACCAAGACACACCAGACUCUUCAGGUCAGCGUCGGCCACGUCCCCGAGAAUCCUCUCUUCCAUCAAAGAGCUGUUUGACAGGAAGAGGCGUGGUCACUCAGUCUGCAGUCUGGAGGAGGAUCUGAUGUGUCCUGUAAGAAUCUGCCUGUCAGCCAGAGUCCCUGCUAGAGCUCUACAAGUACUGGACGCCCAUGAGCAAGGCAUCAACGCAGUGAGGUUCAGCUCCAGUUCAGACCUGGUGGCCACUGGAGGAACAGACCGGGUCAUCAAACUGUGGGAGGUCAGAGCAGGCUCGCUGACCCAUAGAGGAACUCUGGAUGGCAGCACAGAGGGGAUCACCUGCAUCGAGUUUGACCCCACGGGUCUGAGGAUUCUUGCAGCUUCGUACGACAAGUCGGCCUUGUUGUGGCGACUGGAUGACUCCGUUCCCAAGCUGACUCUGACAGGUCACAGUAGGAAGGUAACAGCAGCGAGGUUCAGCAGUUCACUUCAUCAGGUUGUGACAGGAAGUGCAGACAGAACCAUCAGACUGUGGGACCUGCACAGAGCUGCCUGUGUGCAGGUAGUUGAAGUGGUGUCGUACUGCAGUGACCUGGUCUGUUCUGAGAACUGUAUCAUCAGUGGACACUACGACUGUAAGAUCAGGGUCUGGGACACCAGGGCGGUGAGCUGUGUUCAGGAACUUCCUGCUCAGGGUAAAGUCACCUCGCUGGACCUCAGCUCCGACCAUCGCCAGCUGCUCAGCUGUUGCCGUGAUGACUGCCUCCAGCUGGUAGACCUGAGGAGGUGGAGCAAUGACCGCAUGUGUUUCAGAGCUGAGGGCUUCAAAUGUGGCAGCGACAGCACCAAGGCUGUGAUCAGUCCAGACGGUUGCUUUCUGUCGGCUGGAUCAGCAGACGGUACCGUUUACAUCUGGAAUGUCUCCACUGGCAACCUGGAGACCCGCCUACCUGACAAACACAGUUCCUCUAUCAGCGCUGUGUCCUGGUCUAUGUCCGGUGAAUACGUUGUCAGCGUGGACAAGAGUAGGCGGGCCGUCCUCUGGAGCGACAUCUGAAACAGCCAAUCCAUGAAGAGUUCACGUUGUCACGGCAACACCGCUCACAACACAGAGCUGUUAUAGGGAACAUCGAAUUGGACAAAAUGGACAAACGUUUUUGCUUUAACAGAGAUGUUACUAAGGGAAAACAGGAUGAGUUUCUACCAACAUUAAGCUUUCUACUCCUCUAACAUUUACAUUAUGUCACUCUGGAUGUGUUGGAAGAAAUGUCAGCAUAAAGCAAACAGGAAAACCAUUUUCCAUUAAACGUAAAGAUGACUCAAACCUUAGAAACCACAGAGCACAAGGGAAGUCAAGACAAUGGGGUAAAUCAAACAGGACCAGGUUGACCGUUGUUUAUACGUUUGUUUUUUAUAUUGUUGUCUGUGUGUAUUUUUAGCAGGUGUCGUUUGCUGCUUUUUUUUCCUGUGUAGUGUUUCUUAUUGGAAGACAGUGUGUUGAGUAGUGUUGGACUGCUUGUACGAUGUGUUGGGUGAAUAGUCGGAGCCGCAUCAGACUGCAGUGAUGCACUCACCGGAUUUUCCUGAAAUCCACCACCUUCUCCUUGGUCUAUGGGACAGUCAAGCCAGGUGACCUGUCCACCAGGUGUCCUGUCCACUGCUGAUACAACUGCUGAGUCAUCUGAAAACUUGAGCAGGGAGGUAAAAUCAGUGACUGGGCUACUAAAAAUAAUGUUGCUCUCCUCUGUAUACUACUCGUGGAGCCUACUUCCUGUCCAGUUAAUGUCUGAUAUCAGCUGGUCUGACAGACAGCUGGUUCAGAGGAUGGGGUCGGAGUCAGACAACUCAGGUCUGGCUUCUGAUGUGGAGUCCCAGUCAGAGUUGUGCUGAGUCAGAGGUGUAGUGUGUGAAAAGGAAAGGGGAACUACCUGUUCAGUAGUCUCUCCAUCAGGUAGUCUAGUGGACUAGUUAGUGAUGUAGGCUGCGGUGUUAACCUGCCAUCGGGCCAUUGCGUUCUCCUCCCUCUCCACUUCCUCUGCCUGUGAAAAAUCCCCUUCACUCUGGUAAACGUCAACAACCUCUGAGCAGCAGCCUACGUACUGAAGAUCGGGAUCAUCCAGUCAUGUUUUUUGUGGCAUUUUCUUUGCGUGGAAUCAGCCAUUUUGAUGACAGCUCCUCUCUGACACUGUUUUGCAUUAGCACCGUCACUGCAUCCUGGGCUCAGCACCGCCCAGGCUUUGAUUGGUCUAAAGAAAUGCAAACACACCAGAGCUUGAUGAUGGGGCAGUCACAGCUCUGUGGAGACAGGUCUGUCUGUGUGAGACUGACCAUCCAGGAGGUUGUGGAGGUAUCUGCCUGCAUCUCCUGGAGAUUCCCUCAGCAGCAGAGAACAUGGUUGUCAUAGCGCUGCUGCUUUUUCCAGGUGAGAUGAAGUAGGCGAGUCUGUCUGAGGGUUUAUGGAGAACCUGUUGAUCAGGUGAGGAUGCACAGCUGCUUUACAGACUGACUAGGGAUCAGACUCAGAUUGAAGACAGGGUAUCUGCAGGUCUGGAAAAGUCUUGAAAAAGCUUCAAAUGUUUCCUUCACAGAGGUCUUAAGUAUUUAUGGAGGCAGUAACAUCAGGUAUAAAAAUGUUUUUAUCUGAUUUUAGCAAAAACUGGCUGAAACAUCUCCAAAGCUGUUGAUCCUGACCUCUGACAUACAUAAAUUAUUUUUCAUUACCUGUUUAAUCUACCCAUAGAUUAAUCCGCUGCUCAUCUAGUUUCAGUUAAUGAUUAGUUAAUAUUACGGAUUACUGUUAGACAGCUGAUCCUGAAGUAUGGUUCAGCUCCUGAAGUCUGGUUCAGACCCUGAAGCGUGGUUCAGCUCCUGAAGCGUGGUUCAGCUCCUGAAGCGUGGUUCAGACCCUGAAGCGUGGUUCAGACCCUGAAGCGUGGUUCAGACCCUGAAGCGUGGUUCAGCUCCUGAAGCGUGGUUCAGCUCCUGAAGCGUGGUUCAGACCCUGAAGCGUGGUUCAGACCCUGAAGCGUGGUUCAGACCCUGAAGCGUGGUUCAGACCCUGAAGUGUGGGUGCUCUGCAGGUCUGCAGGUCUGCAGCUCUCAGCGGUUGAUUUCCAUUUAAAAGGCGUCUGCAUUAAUCCUCUGUUUGGCUUCUCAGCUUUGAAGAGUGAAGUCAGUGGCUUCAAAGAGAGAAGUUGACAGCCAGAGGCUCUGAACAUGGGGCGGGGGGGGGGGGCAUGAAUAGGGUGAUUUACAUCCUUUAUAUCAGCUGCUGUAACGUUCCAAGCAGCUGAUCUGAUCUGUUCAUGUUAAACGCCAUGUAGUUAAAGUGCUCAGUGUUCAUGAUGUCACAGCUUCCUGCCUUUUCCUGAAGGAAUCAGGUUGCUGCUUUUUCACCUGAGACACGUCCACUGAUCAUUAGAUCACUAACACAUUUUUAAAAAAUGUCUUGUUGAACUGAUGAAUUCAUUUAUUGAUGGCUGAUGCUUCCCCUGAACAGAACCUACUGACCCUUCAGAUUUAUUUAUAUUCAGGUCAGAGACUCUUGAUGGUGGUGGGAAAUGUCUUCCUCUUUGUGGUGCUGUUAUGUUUUCUGUGUUAUUUAUUUACUGAGGGUAUUUGUGUUUUGCUGCGUUUGACCUUUAGUGACCUUUAUUGGUUUUACUGGAACUGAGGGGAGAUACUGUUUAAUCAGUCCUGAGUUCUGAUGGUUCAGGUUGUGAUGAGGCUUCAGGGAGAGUCACCUCAAUGUGAACAGUUAUCAGAAAAAAAAAUUUAAACAGUGUUCAUAUGAUGAAGAAAGUUUUUUAAAAAAAAAUUUAACUUCAUUUUUAUAAAGAAAAGCAGAAGAACGGAGGGAAUAAAGCCAACAAUAUUCCAUGGUUUCUUUAUUGAAAAAUAUAAAUGAGUAAUUCAAUAAAAUGAAAUAAAAAGGGAAACAUGUACUUUAAGUUGUGUUUAACGAAUACAACAUAAUGAUACAUAAUUAACUGGAUGUCUGUAUGUGAGUACCACUGUAAAGAUGCACAAAAAGAAUUAAUAAUAAAAAUGAAAUAAAUAAGAUGAAAACAUUAAGAUGCUGCUUCUCUCGUCCUCCAACUACAAACCUGAGAGCUGCUCCGUCAUGGAGAAAUAAAGUCAGAAAUACUAAUAAAAUCUGUCUAAAGAUUUCAGUCAGCUGCUGCCACAUUCAUCCAGACAUGUCUGAUGAUGCUGUGGAGAUCUAAUUCUCCACAUGAAGCUGGUGACAUCUGUAAAAUCAUCUCUCUGUUUCAUCCAGAUUCAAUCUUUAUCUCUCCAGACUGUUUAUUAAAAACUGUGACAUCAAUGUGUGUAAAUGUAAUUCACUGCCCUCUUGUGGCAGUAGCAGGCAAUUGUCUCUGGAAGCUAGUUUGACUAGCAGCCGAUGUAUCUAUUGUUUCUGUUAUUAUCAUGGGUGUGACUGUAUCCUGUUGACAGAGGCUGGGGCUUGUCAAGCAGAAAGGGUAGUUUUUAGCAGUUAUCAGUCUAGCUGUGAACUUAUCGGUGUAAUUAAGUUUGUGCACUUUAAUCAGUAAAUAAAUGCUACGACCCGAGUCAAGUUCCCUUGUCUCCCAUGUGCUUCCCAAGCAUCAACCUCCGAGGCUGAAAAAUGAAUUCAAUGCUGAAGUUACAAAAACUGCAGUUCCUCUAAUGACCACCAGAGUCUGGCUCCAACAGUGAGUCAAUCCCAAUAGACUCGCAUGUUAAACUGUCCAACUUCACAGCAGAAAAAAACAUGUUUACAGUGUGGUACAAGAACAGUUUUGGUCUCUAGCUAAUUUCCUCCUUCAUGACGACUGUUCACAUUUCAUUAAAACUUAAAGUUAUAUGUGUCCUCUUUGAGUGACAGGUGGGUGUCGUCACUAUCUGCUAGCUAUCUGCUCGGUGUCACCUCAGCUAAUUCAGUCAGUGAACGUGACCUCUCUGUGUUUGUGGUGUUGGUUCUUGUGGAGGAUUUUUUAUGUAAAUUGACUGACAGAGCGUGAGGAAGUCUGUGCUCCUGUGUUUUGAGGUGAGUGAAAUUCUGUGUAUGCACUUAACAUAUGUGGUUAUUAACUUAUCUUGUUAACUAGCUAAUUAGCAAGCAAAUGAAUUAACCUUAGGUUAGCGUUCGACCGAGACACUCAGUUGCUCAGCUGUGCUAACGAUGCUGUUGGCAGUGUAUGCUAGGGUUCCCACCUUUCCCCCCCGGGUGACACAAAGACUCGAACCCACUGACACUGCCAAGCUGGUGAUGCUGGAGCAGAUCCCUCUGAGCUUCUAAACCGCUCUUCAGAAACCUGUGGAUGACGUCACAGAUGCUACGUCCAUGAUGCUUCCCAGCUACAGUCAGCUCCCAACUAUGAGCCAGGAAAGAUUAACAACACUGAGGCUGGAAAAUGAAGGAUUCUACAUUGUCACUUUCAUUGUCAGAUAAUGGUAAAUAUUUUGAAGGUUACCAUUGCAGUGAUUUUUAGUCAUUUGCCCUCAAUACUGAACAUUCGUCAGUUUAAAGGACUCAUCCUGAUACUUCUUCAGCCAGGAAGGAGAAAAGUGAAGAUGUACAGACUAGGGGUGGGCAUGAUUAAUCGAUGAUCGAUAAUUGAUCGUUGAGAAUUUUAACGUGGUUGUGCUGUGUAGUGCGUCUUGAAGCAAUUCAUUUCACUACACUGCAGCGCAAUUUAAAUUUUCAACAGAGAAAAAUGAAAACUCAGCUAUUGUUGUUGGACCAUAAUUUCUUCUUGGAAUAAAGAUUUCAUUGAGGAAAAAGACGCUCUCUUUAGUAUUUUCUGCCAUAGGCAUUUUUUAAUAUAAAAAAUGAAUAAUUAAUCGAUAAUUGAUCGAUAAUUUUCCCAAUGAUCAAUCAAGGAAAGUGCCCAUCUCAAGUACAGACAGAGAGCAGCAAGAUGCAGCUCUGCUUGACACAGUCGGUCACUGUCAGACUGUCACUGAUGAUGCAAGUUUGAUGCGUGGGCUAAUUUUAAAACAAGUGCUGCUGUGAAUACAUACUUUUUCUACCUUUAAUAACAACAUGGUGCCAUAAAUAAAGAAAUGUAUUAUUUUUGGCAUUUAAAAUGCGAUCACACAUUACAUCAUAUAAAACUUCAUGUUGCAGAACAUCAACCAGGCAUAUGAAUGGCAUCUUAUUUACUAUUCACCAUAAAUACUUUGAAUGAGUAACGGUUUACUAUCAUUGUGGCAUUAGCUGUACUUUAGCUCUAGACACGAUUGGCACAGACCUCAGGGUUUCUCACUAUGUUAGGACAAUCUGAAAUUACUUCAUUGAUUCAUUACACAUGAUAUAGUUUUACUGUAACUGCCAACACUGGUGUGAAUCUACACAGGCAGGGUAUCUGCCUAUCCACAUCUGUCAGGAGGGGGCACUGUACUAAACCGUUGGCAACUUGUUCACUCAGUCAGUCGGUGACAUUCACGUUUAUAGGGCUGGCCUCGCUGUGCCACUGUCAUAUAAAAUAUCCAUGUUUGUGGACUGGACUGAGAUAAUCUUGAAUCCUUGGACUGAGAUGAUCCUGAAUCCUUGGACUGAGAUGAUCCUGAAUCCUUGAUGUGAUGAGAAUAAAAUAAGAGCAGACUCUCAGCUGAUGCUCUCUUAUUCUGUCAGCAGUGGAUGAAAAGUGUUUUUAAUAUCUGAUGUUUACACUCUGCUGAUGUAAAAAACUGUGUCUUUAUCUCUAAUAAACUCUGGUUUCUACUUGUC